UCAUUUUAUUUUGACUGAAAAAAAUGGAUUUCAAACUUGGCUGUGCAGCGCCUGUGAGUGCUUACCUGUAAUUGCACCUUCUCAGUGGGCGACCUUCGAAAUUAUUUGGCAGGUAAAUCCUUAUGCUGGGAAAAUUAUCCUCCUUCUCCGCGGAUUUCUUUCCUCAAUUAAACGGAUCACAUUAUUGUCAAAUAUGAAUUCUUGUUGAGGAAAAUUAAAACAUUCAAUUAUGCUUCCACGAUCCGAUUCCCCAAACCCCAAUAAAUCUGCUCCCCUCCUGUCCUCGCCGCCGGCUCCGCCAUUUUCGGAUGAAGAUUUCUUCUCCACCACCACCUCCGUGGCCUCGGGCUCCAGCUCAUCUGACUCCAAGCCGCCUUCCCCGACGCAGUCCCUACCGCCUCAGAUCCCCCUCACAUGGCCACCGGACGGAGUACUAACCUUAUCUUGGGUCACUAACCUGAUGCAGGCUUUCGACUGGGCCUCCAAGUCCCUGCCGCCUUCCGAGUUUGCCUCUGUGCUUUCGGUCGAGGUCUUUGAUCAACUCGUGCUUACGGCGUCCAAGAUUUUGCAUAAGGAGCUUAAUUGUGUGAAAAUUGAUUCAGAAUCCGGUUUGGGUUCUGAUUCCCGAGUUGUAGUAGUUGGUGACGUGCACGGCCAGUUGCAUGAUGUUCUGUUUUUGUUUAAGAACGCUGGAUACCCGGAUGAGGAUCGGUUUUUUGUGUUCAAUGGAGACUAUGUGGACAGAGGUGCUUGGGGUCUUGAGGUCUUUCUACUGUUACUGGCGUGGAAGGUUCUUAUGCCUCACAAGGUAUAUUUGCUUCGUGGAAAUCACGAGUCAAAAUAUUGUACUUCUGUUUAUGGAUUUGAGAAAGAAGUCUUGACCAAGUAUGGAGAUAGAGGAAAACAUGUCUACAGAAAGUGUUUAGGCUGUUUUGAAGGACUACCUCUUGCUUCCAUUAUAGCUGGGCGUGUUUAUACUGCACAUGGUGGGCUUUUUCGUGGCACAGUUGUCACCCCUUCAAAAAGGGCUAAAAGGAAGAAUCGUAAAGUAGUUCAUAACCCUGAAGCCAAUGCUUUAACUCUUGGUUGCCUGGAUGAGUUGGCCAAGGCUAGGAGAUCUGUCCUUGAUCCUCCUUGGGAAGGUUCAAAUUUGAUUCCUGGUGAUGUCCUUUGGUCAGAUCCAUCAAUGAUCCCUGGUCUUUCCCCAAAUAAAGAGAGGGGCAUUGGUUUAUUAUGGGGUCCAGAUUGUACUGAAGAAUUUUUGAAGAAGUUUAAUUUAAAGUUGAUCAUUAGGUCGCAUGAAGGUCCUGAUGCAAGGGACAAGCGGCCUGAUCUUGGAGGAAUGGAUGUAGGAUAUACUAUAGAUCAUAUUGUAGAGUCUGGGAAACUCAUCACACUAUUUAGCGCCCCAGAUUAUCCACAGUUUCAGGCAACAGAAGAGAGGUACGGAAACAAAGGAGCAUAUGUUGUUUUGGAACCCCCAGACUUUGACUCCCCAAUUUUUCAUAGCUUUGAAGCCGUUACUCCAAGACCAAAGGUAAAUCCUUAUUAUGAUUUUGAAGAUGUAAUUGAUUCCGAUGAAGAAUUGGACUUGGUGUCGAUGGUGCCGGAUUCAUGAUGGAAGUUGCAAUGCUGUUCUAAGCAGGCACUUUAUACUAUUUAUUUAACUGAAGUCUUGUAUCUGUUUUGGUGCGUGUAUUAAUCUAUACAAUAUUAUGGAGGGCUUCUUUUAUUCUCUGUGAUAGCCCUUUCCCAUUGUUGAUUUUUUUUUCACAUGGGAAGUUCUGAUCAGGGCAGUUUUCGUGUUUUUUAAUUAAUUGUACAUUAUAUCGCAAGAUAUUGAUUACACAAAACUACUUGAAGUUAUGGGAAAUAUGGUUGAAUUGGGUUAAAAAUUGGGAAAGUCUGGACA